CGUGUGAUUGUUGUUAUUGCCUGUUGAGUACACGGACGACACGGAUUGAUAUUCUAGUGCCCGUGCUUGGUGUGGGUUUCGCCGUGUAAGCAAUGUGCUUUAUGGGGAAACUGUAAGUAAUGUAUACUAACUGAUCAGGAAAGAAAGUACCUCCAAUAUUCCCACCAUGAACUUCCAUUUGGAAGAGCACAAAGUUGAAAAUGGAGGAUUUGUUGGUUUGAACGGAACUUGUGGGCGUGAUGAAUCUAUGGAUGGUUUUGAAGGCAUAGCUGAGGAGCCUUUAGCCAGUGCGAAUUAUCAUCCUGGAAACAAGAUUCAGGAAACUUUACAAUUGAAAGAAUUCUUUGCAGAUCAAUUUAGUACAAAGAGCAUGGACUUGAUUAAGUUAACCACACUAGAAAACGCUCCCACUCAGUCGCUCUUCAGCAUAGCAAACAGGAUCUUGGAAGAAAGCUUUGAAAGGAAAAAUGGAGAAUUGUUUCAUCGUAUGGCUCGGUUGUUGAGGAAAGUACUGCAAAUAAUCGAGCGACGAAUGUCAGUCCAAGCUGAGAGUCUUAGAGAUCAAAACAAUGUGCACAAGUCUCGGGAACAGAAGUUUCAGUCAAGAAUCAAAGUACUUGAGACGCUUGUAAAGGGAACUAGUGAAGAGAUUCAGGUCGCUGUGAAGAACUCAGAGAGUAUAAAGAUUGAGAAGACCGAAGUGGAAGAGAGAAGAAGAUUGGAGGAGAUGGAUACUAUAAAGUUGAAGAAAGAGAAGGAUGACAUCCGUGUUGAAGUUUCGACUCUUAAGCGGGAUAUUGAGAUGGCCAGAAAGACCUAUGAAAAGCAACGCUUGCAAUUAGAAGCAGAGGCUGGCAAAACUAAACUUGAAUUGGAAAAGAAGGUGGAGGAGCUUGAGUGCCUGCUAGAGGAUUCAAGGAAGAAGGUUGCAGAACUCGAGGAAUUUUCUGCAGAUAAGUACCAGAGAUGGAAGAGAAAAGAACACAAGUACCGAAGUUUUAUUGAAUUUCAGGUGGAUGCUUUGCAGGACUUGAGAGCAGCAUCCAAAUUUAUGAAAAAUGAAGUUUUGAAGACCAGAAGACGACACUCAGAAGAACUAAACGGCUUGGGAGUGAAAUUGAAAGGGUUAGCAGAUGCUGCUCGAAAUUAUCACAUGGUUCUUACGGAGAAUAGGAAAUUGUACAAUGAGAUUCAAGAAUUGAAAGGAAAUAUCAGAGUAUACUGUAGAAUCAGACCAUUCCUCCCAGGUCAGAGUAUGAAACACACCACAAUUGAAUAUAUUGGUGAAAAUGGGGAACUGGUAGUUGCAAAUCCUAUGAAGCAUGGAAAAGACAGCCACAGACUAUUCAAGUUCAACAAGGUUUUUGGUCCUACUGCAACUCAAGAGGAGGUUUUCAUGGACACUCAACCAUUAAUUCGCUCUGUUUUGGAUGGAUUUAAUGUGUGUAUAUUUGCAUAUGGUCAAACUGGUUCAGGGAAAACAUAUACCAUGAGUGGGCCUAGUGCAUCAUCAAGGGAGGAUUGGGGUGUCAAUUUUCGAGCUCUGAAUGAUCUUUUUCAAAUUGCCCAAAGCAGAGGAACCACUGUUUUAUAUGAAGUUGCUGUGCAAAUGGUUGAAAUAUAUAACGAGCAAGUUCGUGAUCUACUUUCGAGUGAUGGACCUCAGAAAAGACUUGGGAUUUGGAAUACUGCCCAACCAAAUGGGUUAGCUGUGCCUGAUGCAAGCAUGCACGCUGUCAAAUCGACCUCAGAUGUACUGGAAUUGAUGAGUAUUGGCUUAACUAACCGAGCUGUAGGUGCCACCGCUUUGAAUGAAAGAAGCAGUAGAUCUCAUAGUGUUUUAACUGUUCAUGUCCGAGGAACCGACUUGGAAACUGAUGCUGUUCUACGUGGUAGUCUCCAUCUGGUGGAUCUUGCUGGAAGUGAAAGAGUGGAUCGUUCAGAAGCGACAGGAGAUAGGCUUAAAGAGGCUCAACAUAUCAAUAAAUCGCUUUCAGCACUUGGAGAUGUUAUCUUUGCUCUCGCACAAAAGAGCCCCCAUGUACCAUAUAGGAAUAGCAAAUUGACACAAGUUCUGCAGAGUUCUUUAGGUGGUCAAGCGAAGACUCUCAUGUUUGUCCAACUCAAUCCUGAUGUUGAUUCGUAUUCUGAGACUGUAAGUACUCUCAAAUUUGCUGAGAGGGUAUCUGGUGUUGAGCUGGGGGCUGCUAGGAGCAACAAAGAGGGGAGAGAAGUCAGGGAACUAAUGGAACAGGUCGGUUUUCUUAAGGAAGUAAUUAGCAAGAAGGACGGGGAGAUUCAACGAUUGCAGUCCCUCAAAGCUAAUGUCAGUGCUGAGAAGCGUAGUUUGACCUCACUGAGGUCUGGUUCCUCCUCCUCUCCCAGACGACAUUCAAUAGGUACUCCUCAACAUCUCCGGAAAACGUCAAGCGGCAAACUCUCAGGCCUAAGUGAUAAAGCAGCUUCUGAUGGGGACAAUUGUUCAGAGUAUAGUGAUAGGCAUUCUGAAGCUGGUUCACAGCAGUCAGUGGAUGAUUUUAAACAUCACAAGGAAUUCUACCAGCCAUCUAAACUUGCUGAUGGGCCAGUAAAUCAGAGUGCUACCGAUGAUGUGCAGCUCUUGGGAUUGGAAGAUGCGGAUUUAGAGGAGAGGUUGAGUGAUAUUUCUGAUGGCGACCUUUCAAUGGGCACAGAAACUGAUGGUUCCAUUGGCAGUGUUGUUGAGUAUACUCUCUUUCCUGAACCUUCAAAACAGCCCGAGAAAUCUGAAAAUAUUGAGAAGUCAACUGUUCCCUCUAAACUGCCAAAGCCCCCACAAAAGUUGGUGCAGUCAAAACCAUCUCGUUUGACCCGAAGUGCUACCAAACUCUCAUCAACUUCCAGGAAAAGCAUCUCCACCACGGGUGGCUCCUCCUCAGCAAAGCCCCUGAAAAAAUGGCAGUGAAUGUGAUGGGUGUGGAAUGGCAAAAGAAACUUGCAAUGUUCUAACAGCCCUUUCCAGUUCUCCUGAGUGCCAUAGGAUGUUUUAGGCCUUUAACCGUAAGACUUAGUUGUGUUUAUAGCACACUAAUCUCCGCUUUGUUAGAUCUGUAGUUCAACAAUGCACUUAGUUUGUAAAAUAAUCUCUCAAUUAUGAUAGUUCUAUUGAUUGC